ACAUGGCAGUUCACUGUUAGUUUACACUGUUAGGUAUUUUUAGUUGGUCAAACUUUACAUUUGUUUUCUAGUUUUAAAUGAUUUCUUGUGCGAUGUGCCUUUCUUAAAGGAACCAAUACAUGGGAUACAUAUAUUUUUGCCCAGUUCGUCCAUGUUUUAUACAACAGAAACUCUCAUGGCAGAGGAAAGUUCGAGUAGCAGCGUUGUUUCUAAUUUGAACAGUCGCAGCCUUCAGAUCCGUAGGGGCCUUUCCACCCUAGAUAGGGGACCUAGAAGAGGAAUGUUCAGCCUGGAAGAUGCAGAAGAUGACGUCCAGUUUGACACCUCAGAUUCAGACAACAACCAUGAAAUGUUGCUGGCGGGUAGACAGUAUCCAUCUAUCCAAGAAUUUGCUUCUGCCAUUCCCAACCACCUGCUGCUGGGAUCUUUGUUGGAACACUUGUGCUAUGUUUAUGAGAGUGACCCCACACGUUCACGCAUGUUGUUUAAGGUGAUUGGUCAGCGUUUAGCAGCAAUGAACCUCCUUUCUCCAUUGGCUAUCAGUGAUGAGUUUAGCACAGUCCGACUGCAGCAUAACCGCGCGUUCACAGAGCUCCUGCAUGCAACAAGCUCAUCACUUUUUGCACAGGAUCAUAGAUACUUGAGUGCAGAAGGCCAGAGCAUAAGAACCAAAGAUGGUCUUUUUCAAGCACAAACAUCCCGCUAUCUUAGUGAAUUUGAAGAAAUCGCAGCCCUGGGUAAAGGAGCCUAUGGGAAAGUGUUUAAGGUUACAAACAAGCUGGAUGGUCAGGAAUAUGCUGUGAAAAAAAUUCUUAUUAAAAAAGUAACAAGAGAAGACUGCAUGAAGGUUCUUAGAGAGGUUAAAGUGCUCUCCAGCCUCCAGCAUCCUAAUAUUGUUGGAUAUCACACUGCAUGGAUGGAGCAUGUUCAGCCUGCUGUGGGAGAUCCCAAAUCUAUCAUUUCACAAACAAUUCCAGCCUUAGAGACCCCUUCACAGAAAGAUGGGAACACACAGGAAAGCACUGACAGUAGCAAUGGAUCAUCCAUCGUUUUUGAACGUUCUGGCCAACCACAAGCUAAAGGAAAUCAAGUUACAUUAGAGAGCUACUCCGUCAAACCCUCAACAUCAAAAGAGGAGGUGGAUCAUGCUGUGUGUCCAAAAACUGUCCGCAACCCACAGAACUUUGUUCCAUGUGUGUUCCUGGGAAAACCUCGUGCUACUGUGAGCAAGUGUCCAGCGGCUAAAUGGGACAGCUCAGCGCUCUCAGAAGAUGACCUAAGUCGAAGACUGGAAUUGAACAAUAACUCUUACAUUGAUAUAGACAGUCCUGAAUGGUCAGAAAAGCAGCCGCAAGAGGCUCAGUUCCACUUAAUGCUUUACAUACAAAUGCAGUUAUGUGAGCGAUCUUUGAAAGACUGGAUACAGGAACAGAACUUUAAAACUACUGAGGAACUCUCCAGUUCUGCAAAUCCCCGUCAGUCUGUUGACUGUGAGCAAGCACUGACUAUUUUGAAGAAAAUACUUGAAGGAGUGGAAUACAUUCAUUCCCGUGGUAUUAUGCACAGAGACCUAAAGCCUAGAAACAUUUUCCUUCAUGGACCUGAGGCCCAUGUAAAGAUAGGAGACUUUGGAUUAGCGUGCCAAAACAUAGUAAUGGAGGAACAUGAACAGCUGCCCUCCCAUUCUCCAACAGUUGUAAACACAGACUCUGCUCACACUAGUGGAGUGGGAACAUUUGUGUAUGCUGCACCAGAGCAACUUGAGGGUUCUGACUAUGAUUCAAAGUCAGAUAUGUACAGUAUAGGAGUCAUUGCACUGGAGUUAUUCCAGCCUUUUGGGACUGAAAUGGAACGUGUUCACACACUUGGAGAACUAAGGCAGGGUAAAGUUCCUAAGACACUGUCUGAAAACCUUCCACUUUUGGGCAAGUAUAUUAGACUGCUGACCAACUCUGAUCCUUCCACGCGACCAAGUGCAUCUCAGUUACUACAGAGUGACCUCUUCACUGCCAAUGACAUGGUUCUAAAUAGCUUGAAGCGCAAGAUUGACGAGCAGGAAGAAGAAAUUGUCCAGCUCAGGAGACAGAUCAGUGAGCUACAGAUCUCUCAAAAUGCAACACAUGGUCCAGAAAAUACAUAAAAACUCUUUAUUUUUUCUUUUGUUGGUGGUUAAUAAUUGUACAUUAUGUGAGUUGUUCUUUGAAAAUUGUUGUAUGUGUGAAUGCAGCUAUGUUUGUGUGUGUAUAUAAAUGAGUGUAAUAUUUAAAUUGAAUCAUCUGUAAAGUAAAGAUUCAUACCAGAGAA